GACACGUCCCCGUAGCGAGCGCGGGCGGGUGGCGGCCGCGGCUCGGCGCGGCGGGGCCUGGCGGCGCCAUGAAGGCGUGCGAGUACCGGCAGAUCCCCCCGGGCGCCCCCGCCGCGCCCCCGGGCCCGCCGCCCCCCGCCCCGGAGCCGCCGGCGCGCGCCCCGCGCCGCAAGUGGGAGGCGUUCCCGGGCCGCAACCGCUUCUACUGCGGCGGGCGCCUCAUGCUGGCGCGGCACAGCGGCGUCUUCGCCCUCACGCUGGGGCUGAUCCUGGCCACCAGCGGCCUCUUCUUCGCCUUCGACUGCCCCUUCCUUGCCAGUCACCUGACCCUGGCCAUUCCCAUCAUCGGGGGUGUCCUGUUCUUCUUUGUCAUCAGCUGCCUGCUGCAGACAAGCUUCAGAGACCCAGGUAUCCUGCCCAGAGCCACCCCCAGUGAGGCUGCAGACCUGGAGAAACGGAUUGAUAGCAUGGGCACCUCCACCUACCGCCCGCCCGCCCGGACAAUGGAAGUGGUUAUAAACAAAUACGUGGUGAAAUUAAAGUACUGCUAUACCUGCAAAAUGUUCCGACCCCCCCGGACCUCUCACUGCAGCGUCUGUGAUAACUGUGUAGAGCGGUUUGAUCACCACUGCCCCUGGGUAGGCAACUGUGUGGGGAAGCGCAACUAUCGCUACUUCUACGCCUUCAUCCUCUCCCUCUCCUUCCUGACAGCCUUCAUCUUCGCUUGUGUCGUCACCCACCUCACUCUGCGCUCUCAGGGAAGUGGAUUUGUCACCACUCUGAAGGCAACACCAGCGAGCGUGCUGGAGCUGGUGAUAUGUUUUUUCUCAGUCUGGUCUAUUUUGGGCCUCUCAGGUUUUCACACUUACCUAGUCGCCUCCAACCUGACGACGAAUGAAGACAUCAAAGGGUCGUGGUCAAAUAAGAGAGGCUCAGAGUUUGCCAAUCCCUACAGCCAUAAGAGGCGAGAGCUUUGUCUCACUCCUCACUUGUCAAAGAAGGCAGGAGGGCUCUUGCUAAAUGUGCUCUUGAUACAGCUCCAGGAUCUCCAGUUUAAUAGACAGAAGAGGAUUUAUCCAGCCUGAUUCCGGGACCCCAUCCAGUCCCAAGAGUGAAAUCCCCUCCUUUGGAUCCAAGACUGACACCAGCAUGGUAGGAGGCAUUCCCUAGUGGUGCUGUGAUAUAGUCCAGGGCCUGUGCCUAGCUCCAGUCAGUACAUUUCCAGUUAUCUCCCUGACCUCGGGCAAGACAGCCCUGUGGUGCAGAGCUGCCAAGGACUCAGUCAAGCCAUGCAUUACCUUUUUAUUUAUUUAUUUUUUUGUUUCACUGUGAUGUGGCUUACCUGGAUUUUCAACUGCUACAGCCUGAUGCCGAGCAAGACCUUGGCCUCAGCCAGGGAGAGGGGUUCCAACCACAGCUGGGAAGCAAGAAGGGCUGCUUGGGAAACCCCAACCUCUCAGAACCAUCCAAGCUUGGAGUGUCCGCUCCAGAGACCUGCCAUCUUUCCUGCGGGGAUUAGCUGAAUGGGCUGCGGUGCCUUGUGGGGGCUGAGGAUGGGGAGGUGGACACAGUCCAUGUCCCAUCUCCUGUGCUCCAUUCUAGAAUGGGGGUUGGGUUUUGGGGGACGAAAAAGCUGUGAAGGCUGAAGGCUUCAGCUGUGAAGGCUGAAAGCUAGGUUUCCCUGUUGUGUCGCUACAAAUGCCUCCUCCGUCUCUGCCCCAGCAGUGUGAGGGGCAGCUUCAUGUGUCAGUAUAAACUACGUUCCCAUCUGGGCCUGUGGAAUAUGUAGCGUCCCUUUCCCAGCAGCACCGGUACUUUUCAGAAUUGAGGCUGGCUGGUUGGGAUGACAUUCCCUUUCCCAGGUGCUGGGGAGAGCGCUGAGGGUCCAGACCCCUAUGGGGCACUGAGCAUAGGCAGGGAAAUAGAUGUGCCAUCCCAGUUGCUGUUGAGUGCUGGCUCUCACCUGGUCACGGAGGAGGUGCUGACCAACCCUUCCUAGUGUUGUAGCCCUUUCAGCCAGUAAGAAGCCAUGCAGGGACAAGGAUACAGCCCAGAGGAGCUCUUAGUUUUAAUUGUUAGAAACAAAAUAAGCGAAGCAUUUUGUGGGUUUAACUGUGAGAUGUUGCCCUUAAAUGAUCACCUGUUAGAUCUCUGCCCAACACUAGGUGGCUAAAGCGUGAGUGGGCUCUGUGUGUAAAGAGCUUUAAUGGCAACGUCAGUUUUGAAGAGGCACAGCUUGCCCAAAUUGGGUUACCCUGAGUGCUGGUGUCAGUUAGCCUGCUCUUGGUUUGGAUUCCUGGCCAGUAGAAUAGAGAGUGGGGCCACCUGCCUGCCCUCUGGGAAUGAUUCCUCUGAGUCUGUCUGCCCCAGGGUGGCACCAUACCUGUUGCUGCUCCUUACCAGGUGUUCACCAGUCUGCCUUGUGGAUUACUGACACUGGCGAGUGUGUGUAGGAGAGUUACAGACACAUUAGCAAUACUUGAAAUGUGUUUAUUAAAAGCUGCUGGGUAUUUUUGCACAAUUUUUAAAUUUUUUUCUAGGUAGUAUUUUUUUAUGUGUCGGUGUAGAUAGCGCUGUACAUAUUCCUGGCACCAGGGUAGAGAUUUGCAAUGUUUGUUCUGUGUUAAGCCACUUGGUUAGACACCCCCGGGGCGUUGCAGUAUGUAUCGGACCCAAAGCCCUUUCAUCUUUCUCACCUGCGCUUUUAUCACUAAUCAGUGCAUUUGGGGAGCAGAUUGUCACAGAGGUAUUCCCCUGUAUUCUGCUUUGCACAUCGUGAAUGCCAGCACCCUAGCAGAGAAUUGCCAGUUGCUGCAAACUUAAGGAGAACAUAGGGUGCGUGGAAGGGGCUGGUAUUGCUUAAGGCACCCCUCAUUGCCCUACCCUGUGAGUCAGUCUGCUGAGCAGUGGUGAACUUCAAUGGGACAAUAUUUAAAUGCACCCCCCAACAUGGUGUUCUCACAUUCCAUGCAUUCCCUUCCUCUCUAGUUUUUGGCACUCUUUUGUAGCCCAGUUUUGUUGCUGGCCAGAAAAUGUCACAAAUCCUGACUGUUCAAAGAGCAGUGCAUGAGAUGUGCCCUGCCUCUCCACCACCCACGUCCUGGGGUUGGGAACUUGGGAUCUGCAUUUACAUGCUGCAGGCUUCUUGCAGAAGGCAGUGGUUUUAGGUGGGGCUUUAAGAGAAGCUUUAGCUGAGAAGAAUAUUGGACGAUUUCAAACCAUUCCUUUUUGGAGAUUUGAUUAAAAAUCUGCUCCUUCCACCCUGUAAAUGUUCCUCUUGCUUCAUGUUUCUGGCUCAGUAUUCAAGUGAGAUUGGGCAUGGCAGGGGUGCUGUUGUCAGUGGACUGAUCUGAAAGUACAGCCAGGGGGUGGUGGUGCUGCUGCCUUGUUAUGGGUGUGGCUGGGGACUGGACGACUUGGGCUUCAUAUGCUGUUCUCAGUCAGUCCCCUUUCCAGCAGGGUGACUAGUCCAAAGCCAGCCCCUAUUGUUAGUGACCAAAAGCAUUUACCAGCUGUUUCUCAGAGAAGUAUCCUCGCACCACACACCCCCUCAGUGUUAAUGUUCCCCACUGCUGGCAGCUGAGGUGAAGAAGGGUUGGUACCAGCAUGUAGAAUAAACUACCACCUGAGCCCUGGGGGUGACCCUGGCAGCUCAGGGGUGAGGCAGGCUGGCAGGGCAGCUGACACACCAGGCUACAGCUCAUGUGCUUUGCUGCUCCUAGACUGAUCUUCACCCCAGACGGAUCAAUGCAACAGCGUAAAAAGCUGCUGCUGUGUCUGGAAAACAACACUCCAAAAUUCCUUUCCAGAAAUCAUCCCGCACAGCAGUUACCGUCUGUCUUCCCUUAGCCACAAAUAGCCGGCGCACUAACUCUCCGCUGGCCCUGAUGCCGUGUUUCAUUGCUUGUGUAAUGGUAGGACAGGCAGAUGGAGUGGAGAGGGUCAGUAAAGCUGCACUCUAAGAGGCUGCAGCUUUGAUGGGAUGGGAUAGGAAAACUGACCCUGCCUCCUACAGGAGUUCAGAAGGAGGGAGAGGGAGGCAAACUCUCUCACUUCUAUUUGAACUGGUCUCUCUUGUUAUUUGCUGUAAUAAAGUUAUAUUUUUAAAGUUAA